AUGGCACGUUUGACCAGCUUGAUCUUGGUGGUCGCUUGCACUCUGCUGGGCAGCCGCCUUUCGACGCUGCUCUUUGCCAACACGCCUUCGCAGAGUCUUCGCAGUCAGAGUGCCGCCCGACGGGCCGUAGAUGAGCGUGACGAGGGAUUGGUGCUCAUCAAGCCUGAGGAGUCUGGAAAGGUGGUGAAGAGGGACAAGUUCAACAACCCUCCUCGGAUCGUCAUGAAGACCAACGACUGGGAUCAGCCAGAGAUCCAACUCAGCACUGGUGCCAGCAACCAGAUCAACUACAUCACACCAGUCGUCCAGUCGGAUGACAUCAAAGCGUGGUUGUCCCUGAACGUGAACUUCUUCGCCAUCAUCGGGCUCACCACUGUGGGUGGCCUCAUCGAAAUCCAGCGCUUCUUCCCCGACACCUUGUAUUGGUGA